AUGCAUCCUUCCACCCUCUUAGCCGCCAUCAUCCUAGUACACCUCUCCGUCGUGUCUGGCCUACCCAUCGCCUCCCUCCCUCGCGAAACUGCCUCGAUCUAUUCCCAUGCGCCGAACGCGCUCCCCACUCGCAACCCAGGCCAGAUCGCCAAGGCCGACGACGUGCCACGCAAGUACACUACUUCACCCUCCACAUCAUCACAACCAAAAUCUUUCGAUCACGUAGCUUCGGUAUUAGCGAGCAAGUUGUCGGCGAUCAAUCACCAACUCUCGAGGUUCCCGAUCGUGCAGCCACAAUCGACGGCGGAGGGGAAAGGCGCCAAGCCGAUGAAGUCGAGCACGAAGAGGAGGAUGGAAAAGCCUACUACGACGCAUAAACAUAGUACGUUGCAAAGUGUCUAAAUUCGAAGGAAAGAUUGGGUUUGGCUUACACUGAGUUGUGUUUGGCCCACAGAGCACCAUCACAAAGCGACUUCCGAGAAAGAGGCUGUUCAUCCCAGGUCGAGUCUAAGACUCCGAGCCGUUCAUAGUGAGUCAGAAUGCCUAGCUCCAGAAGUCAUCUUUCCGAAGCUCAUUUCCGCCUCUUUAAUUUGCAAACAGGUGCGGUGA